AUGGGUCCCUUUUUCAUCUUGCUAAGGGUACUACUUGUGACCCUGCUGGUGACGAUCUCCCACCACAGUGUUUCGGCCCAAACAACAACAUGCAACCGAACAGUCAAAGCCAAGACCGGAGAUACUUGUGCCACCAUCGCCGCUGCUAACGGGAUAACCGUCUCCCAGUUCCUCCAGUCCAACCCCAGCAUAACCAGCUGCUCACAACUCACGGUGGGGUACGACUACUGCGUGGACGGACGAACGGCCACUGGCACCGCUGACCCGCCUUCGCCGACGGGCCCAGACAAGUCCGUUAGUACCGAUGGCACAUGUGGGAACGGGGUGACGUGUGUUGGAUCCCGCUUCGGCAACUGCUGCUCGGAGCACGGGUUCUGCGGGGUCUUCGUCAACCUCAACGGCGCCGCCCGUCACUUCACCACCCCCCACCACCGGGCCCGGGGAGCCUUGCGGGACGGUGACGGUGACGACUACGAGUACUGCUUCGUACAUCUCGGUGACUACGAGGACGGCGACGUCUGUUACGACGGCGACUGCGACGAUUUCGGCUACGGCAACGGCUACGGCUACGAUCACAGCUACGGCUACGGCUACGUCGGUGGUUACGACUACUGCGGGUGGGACGACGGCUACGAGGACGGUGACUGCCACGGCAACGGCUACGUCGAUUGUUACUGCUACCGGAAGUGUUACGGCGACGAUCACGACUACGGCUACGGCGACUACUGCUAUCACGCAGACGUCGGUGAUCUUGACGACACCUCCGUGAUCUUGACGACGUCGACGAAUGUUGUUAAUGUGACGAAUACCGUGCCUAUUACGGCUACCGUGCCUGUUACUGCUACGGCUACGGCUACGAUCACGCUCACAACCAUAACCACUUCGACAGCUACAACUACAGCUACAGCUACAGCUACCACGAGGGUUAUCCGCACCUCGGUAAUAGUGACAACCUCGACAAAUAUCGUCAACGUAACCAACACCGUACCCAUUACCGCUACGGUACCCGUCACCGUCACCACAUUAAUCACAACCACCGCAACAGCUACAGCAACAGCAACAGCAACAGCAACCAACACCAUCCCCAUCACCGCAACCGCAACCUUCACAGUAACAGCAACCUCCUACACCGGCAUAACCCGCACCUCCGUAAUCCUCACCACCUCGACCUCGACCAACAUAAUCGACACAACCGCCACCGCCACCGUGACCCUCACAAAAAUCAACACCCUCACCACCACCGUUCAAGUUCCCGUCUAUGUCACGCAAACGCAAACCCAAACCCAAACGAAGCCAGUAACCGCCACUUUAACGGUACCAGUCUACAUCACCAACACAAAGCAAGUAACAGCAACAGCAACAGCAACAGCAACAGCAACAGCAACAGCAACAGCAACAGCAACAGCAACAGCAACAGCAACAGCAACAGCAACAGUAACAGCCACCUCAACAACCUACAGCUAUUCAAUCGCUACGCUUACUACUAUUGUGACGGAGACGGAAACCGAGACUUUGACGUCUACGACAACGAGCACGAGGUACGAGUAUCGAUACUUUGACGAGUAUUAUCUAUACUACCGCUACCGCUACCGCGACGGCUACGGCUACGGCUACGGCUACGGCUACGGCUACGGCUACCAAGACAGUGACGGACACCAAGACGCCGCCUGCUAUUACGACUACCGCUACGGUCACGAAACCGGGUCAAGUGAUUACAGCUACGGUGACGGCGACGGUGACGAGUACCACGACGGCGACGGUGACGACGAUACCGGGUGGUGGAGGAAAUGGAAAUGGAAAUGCGCCGGGGCCGGUGGCAAGGCAUACGACAAGAUCACCAACGACGACAGCUGCAGGGAUAUCGCUAACAGAAAUGGGUUGUUGUUGUUGGAUUUCUACAAACUUAACCCAGGGAUCGACUGCGAUAACCUCUGGCCGGGAUACUGGGUAUGUACAAGGGCGUUCUAG